AUGUUGUUAUUUUUGAUAUUGGUGUUUCACGGUCGCAGAAUCGUGUCAAGUGGUGGAGCUUUUCUGAGGAAUGCGCUCAUUUAUGAUGAUGAUUUCGCUUGUGUUGUGUGAAUAAAGAUUAUCGUGAAGGAGUUUUCGUUUAUACAAACGCCAAUAAAAGUAGAUCGCGUCAGUCUGAGAGAAAAUUCUCAGGUAGACGCGGUGCGACCGCGGCGUUCUACACCGUGUGGUGCGGCUUGUGCAGUGUGUGUAAAUCUGUAUUCGGCAUUCUGUAUAUGUACAACCUUUCCCCUACUCUCAGUGUUUAAUAUUGCUCCUUACAAUCACCUGUUGCUGCAUAUACGAUAUAAGUAAAUUGUGUCACGUUGGAUUACUAAAUUACUUAAUUACGGCUACACUGAUGGAACCGGGGUAGAAUCUUCACUUCUUGUUAACCCGACUACGAAAGACAGUGCCACUGAGCUGAUCGUAGGAGGGGUUACGGAGGACGGGAGAAUUUAGCAAGGACGUUGGGCGUAGCGGCGGCGACAUGAAGCAUGCAGCAUGCGUGGUAGCGGUGUCACGGCUGCGCGGUCCUGCCUUCAACCCCUGGUGUCCGCCAGCCGCUACCUCGCUGUACACGCCCUCCCUGGAGACCCUCUUUAUUUCAUCGUCGAGGCGAAAUCGAGAGUAAAGGAGGUUUAUGCGCAGACAUGCCUGCUUCUUGGGCAGCAGGGCAUGCGAGACUGCGAAUUAUUCGGCCUAGCAAUACUUUCCGACGGCGAAUAUCUCUUCGUGGAUCUGGAGAAUAAGUUGAGCAAGUACGCUCCCAAAAACUGGCGCAGUUCACACACUUACGGCUUGGACAGCAGUGGAAGACCAGCGUUCGUGCUUUAUUUUCGUGUUCGUUACUACGUUGACACACCUCUACUUUUAAGUGAUGAGACAACACGCCACCAUUACUACUUGCAAUUGCGAGACAAUGUUGUCAGACAUGGCGGCGGGGUGGAAAGUUUGCACCCUCACCACCCCCUUCAUGCAGCCUCAGUGUCUGCGCCUCUGCUCGCCCUGGCGGGCCUUGCCAUUCAGGCCGACCUCGGGGACUACUCCGAGGAACGUCACAGACCACAUGCAGGAACUGUGGGCUACUGUAAACCCACUGACUAUCUUCCGCCUCACAUGUGCGUCGAAUCAAAUGUCCUUGGAGUGCUUUCGGCGCAACAUAGGAAUAAUCGUGGCCUCUCUCGAGAAGAAGCAGAACUCCAAUACAUCCGGGAGGCGGUGCUCUUGGAGGCGCCGCUUAACGCACACCUCUAUCGACUUCGCCGCAGCAAAAGUGAAGCAGGACCUGGACGAAUCUUGCUGGCUAUCUGCGCACGCGGUGUGCGGGUCUACGCCGAGGAAGAGACGCCUAGAGUCUUCACCUGGAACAACAUCGGAAAACUAUGUUUUGACCGCAAAAAAUUCGAGAUUCGUGCGGUCGAUCAGCCGGAUAAGCUUACUCUCUACAGCGGAUGCGAUGACAAGAGCAAGCUUCUCCUGGGUCUCUGUAGGGACACCCACCAGUUUUCAAUGGCCAUAGCACCUCGACUUAACGAGGCUAGGAGAAGAGAGGAAGAAGCUCGUGCACAAAAAGUGCAAAUUCGUGCUUGUACAUUAGGGCGUAUCGAAAGAAUUCAAUAUUCUGCUUUCGUUUUUGGGCAGGGCUACAAAGUUUUUGAGCGAAAGGUGCUGAGGGAUUGCUAUAUGUAUCCUGCACGGUGCAAGUUGAAUAUGACUGCCCGUGGUACACGUGGAGAUCAGAGGAUAUCCGUAAUCUCCACCACUUCUUCCAACACAACGUCCGGCAUAGUAAGCGAUCGUGUUCACAGUGAAGAUGAACCGGACACAGCGCCAGCAUCCACUGAAUGUUUACCUCAUCUUACCGAACCUCCUGGACACAACCUGAAUUCACAAAAUGGCAUCGAUGCAAGUCAUUCCAGGCCUUCUUCACCAGUUUCUACGGUCGAUGAAAUUGACGGUACGAAUACUUCUCCUAUUUCCGCGACUUUGCGGAUAACGACAACUGCAGUCGCUACUGAAGGAUCGCAGUGCAGUAGCAGCUGUAGUACAGUUGUUGUAGUUAGUGCACCUCCAAGCGGUCCAACACGAAUUCGACGAACAUCGGCCACCUCCAGCUUGGAACUUGGAUACUCGCAUACCGCCCAAAACUCUGCUGUUUCUACAGAAACUGCUAGUUUUCCGGGUGUGAUUUAUGACAGAUGUAAAAAAGGUGGAAAAUAUGCAGGAACUGAUAUAGCAAGUGAAACAAGUGGCGUCUACACGUUAAGGAGCAGUGAAAUGCAAGAUGAGACAAUUCCUGACCUUUAUUCUCCGGGCGGUGACGCCAACGAAUCGUUAGUUGCUAGCGAUAUUUGCGCUUUGAGUUCUGUUCAGUCCACGACGGACGAGGCGUCCGUCACUUCUGGAUUUUACACUAUCCACAGCGGUUUAAGAUCAGAAACUAGUGACAUCUACACGGAAGAAGGCGGUGUCGAAGAUUCAGAACCGAUCUAUAGUAUUUGCAAAGGCGAUGAGGAUGGCGACGUGUCUCGAAUGACUGGCUCCCUCGAUGAACAACUUGAGGAAGACUCUAGGUCUCGAAGUAACAGUAUUCUCAGCGCCGGGAGUUUUAGAGGAGAUGGAAGUGAUCCUCCCGGCGCUGGACCGUUGCUUUCAGCAGACGAGCUUUCGGAUUUGAUUGUAGGUCGUUAUCCACCAAGAAAAACUAUCAGUAAUUCAAUGGAUUCAGAUUGCGAUUAUGUGACAAUGCCUCCACCACCACCACCGCCGAGAACUGACAGCGAUAGACAGUUACCUCCUCCCCCUCCUUAUCCUGUUACCCACAUUGACUAUGCUACUAUAAAUUCCCCUAGACCGAAAGUUUCUGGAUCAGUGAGAGAACCACCACCUCCUCCACCUUAUAAUGCUGUUAGGGGUGAUUUCAUAACCCUGCCGCCGAGAAGAGCGGAUCCACCAUCGCCUCCGCCUUACGCUUCGCCUAGAGAACGAAUUAAGAUGCCACCGCCGACUCCUCCAAGGAAUGAUGCUGUCACUCCUAGAGAACCACCGCCACCACCACCUUACCCGGAAAUUCCGGAGUCGCGAAGGGAGACAAUGUCAUCGCUUUUUUCCAACACCGUUGAGGAUGGCGCCGCUAGCAGAACAAAUCUGUCACUUACUUCAGCUUUGGCACAGACUGUCGUCGCUCGAGAUAAAGCUAUAACAAUGUUGGCGUGCAGUGAACCUUCAUCAAAUAUAGCGCCAAAACCUCCACCGAGGAUACAACCGCCGACAUAUCCGGGAGACAAAAUGAAACCGACUCCCGUGCAUGCACCAGUCGCGGCUCUAGUUGUCGGACCAAAUAACUAUCUCGACGUGCAUGCUUCUCGCGGGGCUCCUGUUUUACUGCCGUACUUGACACCACCGCCUCCACCGCCAAUGGUCCAUCCUCGUCAACCGCCGCCACCACCGCCAAGUCUCGGAACCGUUUACUCUAGCCAGGUUGCCCGAGCUCAGCUCGAGCAGUACAAGCAACAACUCUACUCCGACGUCGAUUACGUUAUGUUCCCGCUAAAGGAUCCUGCAGUUUCCAAGCAAGAGUACAUCGACGCGAAGCAAGGAUCGCUGAUGGCUGCUAUGGCUGCUUAUCCCCCUCCUCCUUAUCCAUCCUUAAAUAACAAAACUUCGGUUGUCUACCGCAGCACGCCCUACUUACCUGGUUCUUCGUAUUCUUCCUCCUCUAAAUACGCGUCAAAUCAAAAUCUCAGCAAUAGCGAUAAUAGUUCCAGCAAUUUCUUGGUCCACGGAAAUAUGAGCAGUCACUAUGCGGCUAGUACAAGUUCACUGUAUAGUGGUGCAACAUAUUCUUCAGGUGGAAGUCACAGUCUGAGGAGAGAACCGCCAGCACCAGCGCAUCCGAAUUCCGUGCAGAACUUCUCGCGCGCAAGGAGCGAUGAAAAUAUCUUAAAGUCAUUCGAUGUUCCAUUGAGUAGCAAGAUGCAGUCUUUGCCUCAAACUAAGCAUCGGCGAUUGCCACCUCCACCUCCACCGCCUCCAUAUGAAAUACAGAAUCUCGACAAAAGUCAGCCACUGCCACCUAAUACAACCUCAAUCUCGGCAUCGCCAAAGAAACAUUCUCGACUAAAUGCGUCCGGCGGCCAUGAAGCCGAAAAAGAGGAUGGAAUGUUGGAUCUCAGAAAACUUCGCGAGAAAAGUCGAAACCUAGACCUGCCUUUGAUAUCGGCAUUGUGUAAUGAUAGGAAUCUACUUAAACAAACAAACGCCUUUGUCUUGCCUAAACACCCUAGUGAAGCCACUUCUCUGACAUUCGCGAAACCCAGCAUAAGAAGUAGCAACGGAGUAACUUCUGCUAGAAUUUCAUGUUGAUACUACUGAUAAGAAGGAAUACGCCUUGUAUAUUAUUAGUGGCGAAUCGAUGACAAUCUGCAGCGACUGCUUUAGACGCUAAUUCUAGAUUACAUAUUUUUUACACUCAGAAAGAAGACAGUAUCUGUAAAAUUCACGUAUUAGGAAACUAGUACAUUAAUCUUGACUUUUUAAACUUAUUGUAUUUAUUUUAACCGAUUCUCGCUUCCUCAAUGAGAUGAGGGUUUGCAUUAUAAAUCUGUAGUAUCUCUGUUUGUUAAAAUAAUAAUGAUGAAUUUUUAUUUAUUUGUGUCACAUCAACUGUAAUUAUUAGGUUAAAUAAUAUCAUCUCCUAGUUCGAAUUCAGAGUACCAAGACAAAGACAGUAAAAUAAUACAACAUUUUUAUAGGAAUUCUAGAAAAUAUGCCUGAUAUGCUUUAUCUGACGAGAAAAUAUCUAAAUCUUGUUUUUUUUUUCGUCGAAAAUUGGUUAACUGUGUUCUUUCUAAUUUUUACGAAAUGAAAGUUAAAAACGCUAAGUUUAAUUUUGAUUUAUGUAUUCUUAAAAUUAAAGUGCUUCUACAAGCAAAUUUCCAUGAAAUGUUUAAGAAAAUGUCAAUACUAAUAAUAUACAUACUAAAUUUGAACUUGCAGAAGAAAUUAAAUAUUGACGCCGCAUCUUACCAAAAUGCGCUGUUCCUCACUCAAUAAGAAUAGAACAAAGAUAAAAUAAAAUAUUUAGUAACUUUUAAAAUAAUUCCAUCAACAUUUUAUGGAAAUUAAUUUUGUUCAAAAUCGAGAUCAUAAACUUCGAUAUUCUGUAUUGUAAAAGUUAUGAAAACUGAAUACACCAGGCUCUCGGUUUAAUCACCUGCGGUUUACCCAUUUCUAGAGCUGUUGGUCCACGCAGUUUCUCAGCUCAAGAGGCGAAAGACGGUUGCGAAAAUACGUCAGAAAGAUGAAAAAUAGUGUAUUGAGCAACAAGUGUGAGGAGUUGGCCCACGAGUGUUGAGAAAGUUCAUACGAGUGGAAUAGCUUCUCGCACGGUAUUUUUGCAUAAAAUCCAUAAAAAUGGCGAUUUUCCGCAUUUCUAAAACGCUAACGUACUUGGGCUAAAUCUAUUUUUCUAGCCAUUGCCCAUGUGCUUUUCGAGCCAAAAUUACUUUCCUAGAGUGCGGGAAUCCCGUAUGACAAACGUAACUUAAAAUCGAGACUUCAAUACUGGCCUUACGAGUUAACACUUGACAAAAUGAUUGUGAGCAGUGAUUGGGAUUGGACAAACCCGAAGCGAUGAGAUACCAUACAUUACUUUUGAAUUACUGCAGUUGCCUGGAAACAUUUCCUUUUCUUUGAAAAAAUGUCUGUAAUUUAUAAAUUUACCGGAAAUUCCCAAAAAUUUCCUUGCGCAUGUUACAAAAAAUAUCGUGUUCAACAGGUGCACAGGGUGGCCGUUGGACCAGGAAACUGGAUAAACCAGGAAAUGACCGGGAAUUUUAUGAGACCGGGAAAACCCAGAAAAUGAUAGUGAAUCUAUUUUUUAACCAAGAAUUUGACAAAUUUUUAAAACAAAAA